AAAUGCCGUACAAUUGGCCGCAGAUCAAGGUGAAGUUUUGGUCGAAACACUUAACAAUUGGAAGGUUAUCUGCAAUAUUUCUCUCAGCAUGACCAACUCUAUUCACUUCCUGUUGAUUGAACUUACAGCACUGUCCUUUUCCGACACGAGCCCUCCGCGUAUGAACAUCCAAGAUUUUGACGGCAACUUUUUCCCUGGAUGA